AUGGCGCCUGCUGGGCCGAAGAGUUCAGGUUUCACCGACAGCAAGAAAUGCCUGUCCAGCGAGUACACGUAUGAGCACUUGCAGCGGCAGCUGCAGAGAAUCCUCGGACGCCUUCUGGAGCGGGAGCUGCUAAGGUGGAACGGAGGCACCUGGGACUUCCUGCGGCGGGUGGUUCCCAACGACAUGCUUGAUGAAGCUCUGAGCUGGCUGGAUGAACAUAUCCCCCCGGAAGGUAUUCCUAUCUAG